AUGCUUCAUUGCGGGCAGUGUUCCAGACUGUACAGCACCAAGAGAGCGUUAAAUUUUCACGUCCAUAACGAGUGCCGAAAAGGCAAGGACUACGGAUGCCUAUUUUGCACGUACAAAGGGAAACGUGCCUACCACGUGAAAAGCCACUGCAAAAAUAGGUCGCUGCAUCUGACAGUGUUUGAUUGCGGUAGAAAUUUGCGCGGUUGCGGGUCCGGAUCGACGAGCGAUGUUGAUUUUCCUACCGUUUUAGGCGAGCCGAGGCUAACUUGCAAAAAAUGCGGAAAAACUUACAAGAAUAGGAGCACGCUGCUUUAUCACAUCAAGUACGACUGCACUACCGAGAAAACCGUCAAGUGCGCAUUCUGCGAACAAACGUUCAAAAGAGCUUACGACUUUGAGAAACCAGCUGUGCCAUACAAACCUCCGGCUUAUCCCAAGGAACCCACCAAAUGGCACUGCUCCUCCUGCAACCUAUAUUUCUUCACGCGGAACCAGCGGAGAACUCACAUGAAAUUUAACUGCAUCCAGACUGUGUGUCCGCUGUGUUGCCAGAGGUUUAAGUGGAAAAAAGCUCUAGACGAGCAUGUCCGCGUCGAGCACUUCGAACAAAGUUUUGUUAUGUACGCGCCCCGGCAUUACAUGUGCCCCAACUGUCACAAAAUCUACGCCAAAAAAUCAACGAUGGUGCGUCACAUGAAGUACGAGUGCGGUAAACUACCGAGGUUCGGAUGCGCGAUGUGCGGCUACAGGGGUUACCAAAAAACUCACGUGGAGCGCCACCUAUCUAGGAAGCACGACGUCCUGUUGAAACCGGACAUCAAUAAGAACAUCGUUAUAUUCAGCAUAUGA